UUGGGAGAGUAGCUAUUUGCAUACAGCUUUCUCAUUUGUGGGAUCUGGCUUUCUAACUGCUGGUUCUAAUUUACCUGUGCUUCAGAGUUUCCUUGUCGUGAGAGUGUGUGUGUGUGUGUGAACGCUCUCCCAUGUGCUUGUGUGUUACAGAAGGUUCCAAAACUGAUUCUGCCUUGGAAAAAGAAAAACCUGUUUGAUGUUCUUCACAUUUUUCUCUAGGGAAUUAAAGCUGUGGUUCUUUUCAGGACACACAGAAUCAAUCUUUCGAACUUCCUGCUGCCCAGAUCAAUUGAAGUGAGGCUGAUCCAUUUUUCCAACAACUCUGCACUGCAACAUUUAACAGAAAUCAUGCAAAAGCUGUAAUAGCCUCGUCGGGUGCAAAAAGCUUUCCUCCUGCUUACUUUGCUUUUUCCUGUCUUACUUCUUCCUUUUCUUUGAUUCACAUUUGAGCACUAGCUUCACCUCUGAGAUCUUGCUUUAUUGAUAUACUGGAAUUACUUUGCUUUUUUUAUGCUACAUGGGGCUUGUCUACAAGAAAUAAUCUAACCAUUUCUGGGCAUGUUUGGCUUUUGUCCUGCAUUACAUGCUGUGGUUUCUGAAGAAGUGGCAGUCUGUCUGCAUUAAACUCCAUCUGGGACAGAAAGGGCUGUGUUUUGGUUCAUGUAGACCGGUCAGUGACAUUGGAAGCCUGCACUGAAGGAGUUUUGUGAUACGCACUGGUUAAAAUGGGCUUCCUAGCAUGAUGAGCCUUUGUCUUUGGGUGGAUUUCGAACUGGAAGACGGCAGGUGCCAAGUGCAUUGACCAUGCACCUGAGAGUAAGUCCCGGUGCCUUAGAAGGACAGAGCUUCACUCAUUGCUCUGGUCAGACCUCCUGGAUUUGGUCCAUGCUCUGGGGGUGUAUCAUCGGUUCUGUUUGGAGUUCUUCUACUGUUGUGUCCUCUUCCUCUGGGUCUCAACACGAGCAUCAUUUCUACGGCAGUAAGCACCACUCAGUGCCUAUUUCUAUCUACCGGUCACCUGCCUCCCUGCGAAUAGGGAAUGCUGGUACAACAUUCAUUUUUGGCAGAGGAGGGGGCCUUAUAACUUACACAUGGCCAACCAACGACAGACCUAGUACGCGUUCAGACCGCCUUACUGUAGGUUUCAGCACGUCUGUGAAGGACGCAAUCCUGGCUCGAGUCGACAGUGCUCCAGGACUUGGUGACUUUCUUCAGCUACAUAUACAAGAAGGCAUGAUUGCUGUCCUGUUCAACAUUGGUACAAUGGAUAUUUCCAUCAAAGACACCAAUGCCCCAGUGAAUGAUGGGAAAUACCAUGUAGUACGCUUCAAUAGGAAUGGAGGGAAUGCUACUCUUCAGCUGGAUAACUGGCCAGUCAACGAAUACUUCCCCACAGGCAACUCUGAUAGCGAGCGUUUGAAUACGAUAAAACAGAAAAUCCCCUUCAAAUAUAACCGACCAGUAGAGGAAUGGCUACAGGAAAAAGGCCGGCAGUUAACCAUCUUCAACACCCAGGCCAAAUUAAGCAUCGGUGGGAAUGACAGAGGACGCCCAUUUCAAGGACAGCUGUCUGGCCUGUACUAUAAUGGACUGAAGGUGCUAAAUAUGGCUGCUGAGAAGCAUCCAAAUAUAAAAAUCAAUGGCAGCGUGAGGCAGGUUGGGGAGGUGCCUUCCAUCUUGGGAACGACCACAACAACGAUGCCUGAAAUGUCCACGACCAUCAUGGAGACCACAACCACAAUGGCAACAACAACAUCGAGGAAGAAUCGUUCAACACCAAGCAUUACGACAACAGAUGACAUUGUUUCAUCAGCGGAAUGUGCGAGUGAUGAUGAAGAUAUAGAGGACUGUGAACCAAGUACAGGUAGGUCAGGAGGUGAAUUAGUUAUCCCUGUACUUGUAGAAGACCCUUUAGAUAUACCUCCUUUAGCUACUCGUGCACCUUUCAUUACCCUUCCCCCUACCUUUCGACCCCUCCUCACCAUUAUUGAGACCACCAAAGAUUCCCUGUCCAUGACCUCUGAGGCGGGGUUACCUUGCUUGUCGGACCAAGGCAACGAUGGUUGUGAUGAUGAUGAUGGCUUGCUGAUAUCUGGGUAUGGCUCAGGGGAAGCCAUUGACUCUAAUCUGCCCCCUACUGAUGAUGAAGAUUUUUACACCACCUUCUCCUUGGUAACAGAUAAGAGCUUUUCCACGCCAGACAUCGAAUUUGGCUACAAAGCACAUGCGCCCAAGUGGGAACACAAGAACAUUAGACCUAAGAAACCCUCUGAAACGGGUAGGACUACUACCACAUCAUUACCCCCUGAGCUGAUACACUCCACAACUUUGUCCUCGCCUGGAAUGGCCGGCAAAAUGAACAACCGUGAGCUCAAACCCCAGCCUGAUAUAGUAUUGCUCCCAAUGCCCACAGCCUAUGAAAUAGACAGUACAAAGCUGAAGAACCCUUUAAUAACCUCCCCCAUGUUCCGUAAUGUGCCCACAGCAAACCCCACGGAGCCAGGAAUCAGACGGGUUCCGGGGGCCUCAGAAGUGGUCCGAGAGUCGAGCAGCACAACAGGAAUGGUCGUCGGCAUUGUAGCUGCUGCUGCUUUGUGCAUCUUGAUCCUUCUGUAUGCCAUGUACAAGUACAGGAACAGGGACGAGGGCUCUUAUCAAGUGGACGAGGCAAGAAACUACAUCAGCAACUCAGCACAGUCUAAUGGCACACUCAUCAAAGAAAAACAGUCAGGUGCAAAGAGUGGCCACAAAAAACAGAAAAACAAGGACAAGGAAUACUAUGUAUAAGGCAAAAAAUAAUGACUUAUAAACUGCAAUAGCUAUAUUACCAGUCUGAAGGCUUCAUUUUACUGAAAACAGAUGUAAAGUGUCAAGCUUUGCAGGAGAAACUGAACUCUUGACAAUACUGUAUUAUAAAGCACACUAAUGAGCAUUGAAAAAGACACAUUGCCACCAGAAGGGGAGUGUAAACUUCCAUUUGCUAAGGAACUCUCCAAGUUGAAGAGAACAUGGCCUACUCCAUCUCUACUAGUGACUUUUGAAGCAUUUGUGAACCUUGACUAUCACACACUUUUAAGUUUACACAAAAUGUAAUUUUGUUUUUCUAGUCAUUCCCAUGCAUGUAUUUAAGAAUGAAAAAGAUAAAAAACUAUUUUCAAGUGAUUCUGCUCAAACUCAAGACAAUGUUUUCAUCAUAAAACAAAUAUAGACAGAUAAAAAAGCUGUUGCCAUGUCAAAAAAUAUACCUUGGCAUUCUUUUCGCAUAUCAGGUGGUAAUGUCGGUCAUUGUUUGCAAUAAUUUAUAUUUGGAGUUCAGUGAAAGAAUAUUCUGGAGCUAAAAGCUGAUCAGUAUUUCCAGGCUAAAGUGUUGCAGCUAACAAAUUCAGAAUGACUUCAUUUACAUUUUCAAGGCUGUUAAAUCUGCCACAGAGAAUUGUUCUGGGAGCUAAAUACAAAGGAUAUACUGUGAUAGGUUGGUCUGCUGAGCAAUCAAACCUUUUUUCGAAUUCUGGUACCAUAAAUGAUUACUGUGCAUGCGAUUAAAAACAAACAAGACACGAAUACAUCAUAUGUUAUAUGAUGUUCAGCAGAAUGUAAUGCAGACAUCAUAAAAGGCCAAACAUAUCGUUAUGAAGUUACAAAAUCAUAGUUUGUUUUAAAUGUAUACACAUUUUUUUCAUAUUUGAUACUUGGAAUUUUUUUGUAACCUUCAUGCAACGACAAAUCUACCCUUCCUCUUUUUUAAAAUAAGCUGCUGUGACAAAAAGAAUAAAAAAGAAUAUAUAUAGUAAGAAAUAUAUAUCUAUAUAACUGUACGUCUAAGGGAUGAUUACUGCAGAAAUACAUUUAAAGUCCCUUUGAGCGAUACAAAAAUUCAAAAUGUGAAAGUGUGAAUUUUAACUGUUUGUCACAGUCAACUGUGUCAAAAGCAAAUGAUAUCAGAUUUUGUUUACAUAUUUUAUUACAUUAUUGCUGGUGUAAUUUGUAGGUAGCAACAUGUUGUACAUAGCAUUUAAGUUGAUUUUUUUCGGGGAAAUUAAUGAUUGUACAGAAUUAUAACUAUCAGUUUAUUGCAGUGUCUUUCAUGUGGAGAUGCAAAACUGAACCUGUGUAAAAAAAAAAAAAAAAAAAAACUACCAAGAAGAUAAACUCCUAUGUUUAAUGGAAAAAAUGUACAACUUUUUGUAAAAACUGAACAAAUACAUUGCUGCUGUUGUCUAGGUUUAGAAAACUACUCUCGCUGGUGUUUCCAAGUCGCAUGAAUAUUUGACUAUGAAGAGCUGUCAUCAAAUGCAAAAUACCCUUCUCAACUGUAAUGAGAAAAUACAGCUCUCAGCUUAUCAAUUAUUUUCAUUGUAAGCGUGGUUUUUAUUUUUGAAAAAGAGAAAGACUAUAAAGAUAUGAAAGCACGAUUUAGACAGAUUAUGAGAAAAAUAUAUAUAAAGAUGAUUAUACCUUGAUAUCUAUUGUUAAAGAUUGCUGUUCCAAUGUCUGAAGUCCUGUGAAAUGACUUCCUGCUUUUUUAGUUUUCCUUUUCUGUUAACUUUAUCUGUGUAUCUUUAUAUCAAACAAAUUUUUGGGAGUUUGUGCAUUCUGUAUGUGAGCAUAUUUACAAAACCCUGAAGGCUCAGUUCAGAUUAAUGUGCUGUUGCCACCUACUCCAAACUUUCAUUUCUGUCCCUUAUUAAGUUCUAUGAGUUUUUCAAUUUACGUUACAGGAUAUGCUUAGCAAUAAAAUGUUCUUCCCAAACUUGAA